AUGACAGGGGUUCCUCGAACUCUUUAUAAAGAAGAAGUUUAUGUUUCAUAUCGUCGACAAGCAUUGAAUAUUCUUCCCGGCGAUCUUUUCCUUAUUCUUCAACGUAUGAAAACAACUGAAGUGUCUCAUGGUGUAACAAUAAAUGCAUAUGCGGACGAUCAAUAUCAAACUGCAAUCAAUUAUCUUUCCCCGAAAAAACUUGAAUGGAUUUCUAUUAAUGAUACAUUAGGUGCUGUAAAUGACGCAUUUGGUUAUGCGAAAUGGAAACGUUGUUUAGACUAUAUUGAAACAGUCGAAAAAGCAAAUCGAUUCCGAUAUGAUUUUAUCGUUCGAACGCGACCAGAUUUGAUUAUUCCAAAAGAUUUACCAACAGUAAAUCUUUUACCACACGAUCGAAUCUUAAUCAAUCCAUAUUACGAAUGUUCAGAAGAUAUCCCAUCUGGAUAUACACAAACAUGGUCUGAUCAUCAAGCACCAUGUGACAACAAAAAUUAUGGCUUAUCGGAUAUGUUUGCCAUAAUACCACGUUCGUUAGCAGAUCCUUAUAUGAAUGUAGCAUAUACACAGAAUUUACCACGUCAUAUUUGUGGAUCACGGGCAAGUCAUUCGGAAUGUGCGAUUAGGGCUGUACUUGUGAAAGCAAAUAUUACAUUCGAACUUUGGCCAUUUAUUGUUAAAAUCAGUCGAUCAGCUCAGUUCUGCAAGGUACAAGAAUGGAAUCGAUUUAAUUCCUGGUGUUAA